GUAGCAAUCCCUUCGACAUGUCGCUCACCAUAGACUAUGCCUAUCGGUCUCCCAAGGCUUCCGGAUCAUCUGCACGCUCGAUCUCUGGCGAAUCUCGGCUGAGUGAAUCCACUGCGGUCGAUAGAGAAGAGGACGAAUCGAGUGAGCCGGCGGCGAGUAUGAGGGAGAUUUACGAGACCAUCGGGCCCGAGGAGUACUACAGGCAGUCGGGCGGCAAGUACAAGAACACGGCACAUCAUACUGAAGGUAUCAGGAAGGUCAUCAGCGCCUUCAUGGACAGAUAUUAUUCUCAAGUGGCAUCACAAGCCAAACACUCGAUCAGCAUACUCGACCUGGCAGCCGGAUCAGGCGAGGUCACGCUAGCACUCAAGGACUGGCAGAAGACACGUUUCUCAGGCUCCGGCGUGGCCAUGUUCCAGCACUAUCCGCGGGCAAAACUCAGUAUCGCCGCGACGGAUCCCUACACCACUAAAGCCUAUGAAGCCAGGACGGGCAUGAAGUGUAUGGAGCACAGUUUCAUGGAGAUCGCAAGUGGCAUACUCGAGAGCGAGCCACUAUCGGAUGCCAAUUCAUCGCUCUAUCAGCCCAAUUCGCACAAACGAUUCGACAUCAUCUUCUGCUCGUUCGCACUCCACCUGAUCACCUCGAGCAGCCAGCUCUGGUCGGUCUGCUCGGAGCUCGCACGUCUAGCGGAUUAUCUUGUCGUCAUUGCGCCACACAAGAAACCCGAAGUUCAGCACAGAUAUGGUUGGACACGACUGGACCCGGUCAACCUCAAGCCGUCCUACGAAGCCAUGGCAUCACCCUCCGUCGCAACUGGCGAUGGCUUCGAGAUCUGUAUCGACAAAGUCAGGCUCCGCGUCUACAGAUCCGACCGCGAGAACGAUACACCCGCUUGA